CGAAGAUGGCGGUUGACUGCCAACCUCACUGCCCAACACAUUAGUGAAAAUUCACAAUUUCUCUUUCAUCAGAUUGAGAUUCAGUUCUCAACGAUACACGAUCGUGUUCGUGUUUGGAGUGGCGCAUUGAUAGGGCCAUGCAGCCGCCUCCUCGCCAGACCCCUCCAAAUGCACUCGGUGGCCCCCCGCCCCCCACCGCCUCCUCGGGGCCCAACGCCUUCAGGAGGACCCGACCCCAUAAGCAUGGGGCUGCAGCAGCCGCUGCUCCACCGCCCCCUCUAAGCCAACCCAUGACCGACCCAUUUGCCUUCGGGAGACAGGCCGUCCCUCAACCUCCUUCGGCCGCCAGUACUCCCAGCCCUCUGUCUCAUCACCCGACUCCCCCGCCCCAUCACCCGACUCCCCCGCCUCAUCACCCGACUCCCCCGCCUCAUCACCCGACUCCCCCGCCUCAUCACCCGACUCCCCCGCCUCAUCACCCUAGUCCUCCGUUUCCUCCUUCCACCGCCAACAACCACGCCUCCAGCAACCACAUCCCCCUUCAUCAACCCCCCAACAUCCCCCAGCAACACUGGCUGCCCCAGUCGGCCCCUGCCCCCAGCGCCUCGGGCGUGCCUCCCCCCUCCGCCUCGGGAGUGCCCAUGAUGUUCACACCGCAGCCACUGAAUACCGAGCAAAAUUAUUUCAACUCCCGAGAGCCUCCUGCUGCGGUGGCCGGUCCUCCUCCUCCCGGAGCCUACGUUUCCCACAAUCCCCCAUUUCCCCAGCAGGGUGGCCCUCCUCCACCUCAGACGGCCUCGCCGCCCAUGCAGAACCAGAACGCUCCCCCCUCUCUUUUCCAGCCCCAGCCCCUGCCACCCUCCCAGCCCUCUCCCUGGAUGCAGGAGCACCACGGCAGCCGUCCCCCGUCGGUGCAGAACUAUUUCCAGCCCACCAGUGACCACUCGCAGCCUUUCCCCCAGCCUCCCCCCUCCGGCCCUUCGCCCGCACCACACAUGCAGCAUCAGCAUCAGCCGCAGCAGCAGCAGCAGCCUCCCCCCAUGGGCCACUUUGAUGGACCGUACCCCCCUCUCCAUCAGCAGCAGCAGCCUCCACUAAACUCUUUUGAGGCCCAGGGCUACCUUAGCCAGCCCCAGCCCGAGGCGGCGGCCGCCGCCUACAACCAGCCCAGCGAGACGGGCACCCUGGGCAUGUUCUUCCACGACGACGGUGGUAGUGGUGGUGUUGUUGGCGCCAACGACGUGGAGAACGUGGAGACGCCGUCUGGAGGAGACGCGGUGGCGGGCCAACAGGUGAACGGCAUCGCCCACCUGCCUCACCCCAACCCCCACCCGUACCCGCAGCACCACCACUAUGCUGCGCCCAUGCUUCCUGGCGCGCCGGUGCCUGGCGAGGUGACUGCGCCAGUGGCCGCCGGCGGUGCCCAGUUCGACACCGUGGAGAACCUGGAGUGGGUGCCCAAUAUGGAGGUGCUGCCACAUGAGCCUGGCGCGGCGCUGCCGACCCCACCGGCACACGCCGUGCCGUACGAGGCCGGGCCCAACCUGGAGACACCCGACCAGGCUCCGCGGCCCGCACGCUCGGCCAGCGUCUCGUCCAGCCACAGUAACGUCAGCCACCACAGCGGGCGGGGGCACCCCCAACAGCAACAGCAACAGCAGCAGCAGCAGCAGCAGCAGCCGCCCCCGCAGCAGCCGCCUCAGCAACAGCAGGGCGUGAUGGGAACCUUUAUCCAGCAAGAGAGCGCCCGGCCCCUGGACCUCCAGGCCUCGUCUCCCUCCUCCUCCUCCGCGGGGGGCUACUUUGAGCAGAUCGACUCGGCUCCCCCCAGCGAGCCGGCCGGAGCCUUCCUCCCCACCCCCAGCCCGCCCAAGCCGGUGGGCGUUUUCCAGGCCAGCGCCAACUCCUCCUUUGAGCCGGUGCGCUCGCAGCACACGCACCCCGUCUCCCAGAUGCAGCCGGUGGCGGACCGGGCGCGGGUGGUGGUGGAGAGGUCCGCUAGCGGUUCCGGUGUCGCCGCCCCUGCCGCGGGUGCAGACGCCCUGCCUGGCAACCUCGAGCAGCCGCCGGAUGACUUCGACACCCAGUUUUUGCCCGGGACUCUCGGCGGCGCCAUGGGAGGCGAUGGCGGCGACCCUCGCGGCAGUGGCCAGUCCGGGAUGCACCGCCCCGGUGCCAGGCGCCUGUGCGACAGCCCUGCCACCACGCUCUGGGCCCCCAACAACGCGGCAAACCUGAGCCUGAGCGGAAACAUCCUGUUGGCUCCCGCCGCCCCCGUCCUCACCGUGCCCCUGGUGACCGCCCCGGCCGAGGUCAUCCAGCCCCCCGAGGACGGGCCCCUGGACCUGGGCAACCGCUCAGCCAACGCCGCGGCCCCUCCCUUAGCCUCGGAGAACCUGGAGAACCCUCCGGAGCCCUCCUCCUCCCUGCAGAGCCCGCCGCCCCUGCCCCCUUCUCAGGCAAGUCUGGGCUACGCCUCCCUACUGGUGUCUACGCCGCCCGCUGAGGCCUUCAACCAAUCGGUGCUGAUCGCGCCGCCCUCCUCCAAUUACAGCGUGCUUCCGUCGCCGGGCCACGCCCACGCCCAAGCUCAUGGUCACGGCGCUGUCUACCCCCCGAGCAGCGCCGGCUGCGUCUCUCCGGAGUCGGCCCGGCCACAGCCUCUCUUGUCCAAUCCCUUGGCUGCGCAGUCUCCUCUGGCAGCAAUGACACCCAAUCAGCCGCUGUUUUUCCCGCAAGCGCCCAAAAGCUUUCCCGCCUCUCCUCCCGCCGCCGCCGCCGCUUCUCCCUCUUCCACCAAUCACCACAGCCCGCUGAACUUGACCGCAGACUGCAAGGAGGCCGCCAAGCCCCUCCCUCUGCUCACCAACGCCCAAUCAGUGCGCGGGGACAGUCAGCCCCAGUCCCUGCUGCCCGCCAAUCCCCAAGCUGCUUUACCCUCCCCUUCCCCCUCCUCCUCCUCCUCCGCCUCCGCUGCAGUGUCCAAUCAUAAUCAGCCUUCAAAUUACGAGCUGCUUGAUUUCUCUAUGCAUCACUCGCUAAGCUCCAAUCAGGCCUCAUCGUCGUCGCCGGCGCCGCCUCUGCCUCUGCCACAGCUGGCCAGCCCGGCCGCGGCAGCAGCGUCACCACAAGUGGCUGGUGGUGCUAGUGGCGUUAACGCCCCUGGCUCCGGUUUCUACCUACAGGUCACCAAAGAUGCCCAGCAGGGCACGCAGGGCGAGGGCGACGCUGCUGCUGCCGCCACUCGUCCUCCGAGCGUGCCCGCACCUGUCUCCCAGCAGCCAACCCCGCCAGCCGCCCUCCCACUACAGCAGCAGCAGCAGCAGCCGCCAAGGACAUCCUCCGCCAUGGCCAUGCCAAUGCCCGUGCCCGCUCCCGUGCCCGCUAUGCCACCUCCAGCUGCUAUGCCCCCUCCCUCCUCCUCCUCCUCCUCCUCCAUGCCCCCUCCCCCUGCCCCUGCUACCCCUGCUCCUGUUCCCCCUGGUGCUCCCACUGCUCCGCUGCCCCAUCCUCCCAACGCAGAGCCUCCGAGGCCUCCCUCUGCGGCAGGAGGCGUACCGCCGGGCUACGGGCCGCCCCAUCACGCCCCUCCCCCUGCUCCCAUGCCCGGUGGCCACGCUGGUUACUACGGCGCUUACCCGGACUACUACGACGGCCGAGGGGGGGGAGCUGUGCCCUACGGCCCGCCCGGCGGCUACCCCAUGCACGACCCCCGGGCACAGCCAUAUCCCCAGGAUGACCCAUAUCGGCGGGCGUCUGAUCCGCGUUACGCCGGCUACGGUGCCGAGCGUCAGCCCGAGAGGCCCAGCUCCCGCUCCAGCCAGUACUCCGAGAGGUCCCACUCCAGCAGGCAAGGCUAUGAGGAGUACCCCCCUCGCACUACUACCCAGGAAGACUACUAUGCAGAGUACUAUAAGAAGCAGUACGAACAGCAGUAUGGGGCAGAUCGUAGUCGCUGGUAUGAUCAGACUGCUGCGUACGACCGCUACAGGGGUUACUAUGACCAGUCGUCCUACAACUGGUACAACUACAACCCCGAGGCCUACCGCAAAGUAGACGGCUACAGUUACAACUACGGCCAACAGCAGCAGUACCCCAACAGCACCCGUCAGGACGACCCGUGGCGCUACUACCCGGGCUACGACAACAGCUUCGAGGAGGACUACCGGCGGCAGCGCGACCCCUACGGAGACGACUUCGACCGGCGCAGCAUGGGCAGCGAGCGCUCCUCCCACAGCGUCCACAGCAGGCAGAGCUCACGCCAACACAGCCGACGCAACAGCUUCAGCUCCCACUCGCAACAGAGCCAGGUGUACAGGAGCCAGCCUGACCUGGUGGCUGCCACAGCAGCCUACGACCCCUCCCUGUCAGGGCUGCCCCUGGACUACUCCAACUACAGCCAGUACCCCACGCAGCAGGAAUACACUGAAACCAACAGCUGGCCCAUCGUAGAGCAACCACCCCCCCGGCCCCUGACUCCAGAGAAGUAUACGGUGCCCCACCGCUGCGCGCGCUUCGGUGCCGCCGGUCAGCUAAUCAUUGUGCAGCCCAACAUGCCCUCAGCUGGCCAGCCUGCCCUCAUCGAAGUCCACACCAUAGAGACGCUCAUGCAGGAUUCUCCGGAGCAGUCGGAGCUACGCACAUUCCCCGGGCCCCUGAUUAAGGAGGAAACGCACAAAGUGGAUGUUAUCAAGUUUGCCCAAAACAAAGCUCUGGAGAGCAUGCGCAGUGAUGACCUUAUAGACAAAUACUCAGCUUGCCUUAUCUGGGAGUUCAUCGUUUUGAUGUGCCGACAAAAUGGGACGGUGGUGGGCACGGACAUCGCGGACCUGCUCCUGCGUGAGCACCGCUCGGUGUGGCUGCCCGGCAAGUCCCCUAACGAGGCCAACCUGAUCGACUUCAACAACGAGGCCCUGGAGCAGCCCGAGGAGGCGGAGCAGGGCGCCCUGUCCCUCAUCUCCGACACCUUCAUGACCGUGCCCGACAACGUGGGCAAGGAGACGGAGCGCUUCCGCGAGCUGCUGCUCUUUGGACGCAAGAAGGAUGCUCUGGAGUCUGCCAUGAAGAACGGACUGUGGGGUCACGCCCUGCUGCUGGCCAGUAAGAUGGACAGCAGGACACACGCUCGCGUCAUGACCAGGUUUGCGAACAGCUUACCCAUCAAUGACCCGCUGCAGACCGUUUACCAGCUCAUGUCUGGCAGAAUGCCCGCUGCUGCUACAUGUUGCGGCGAUGAGAAGUGGGGAGACUGGCGCCCCCACCUGGCCAUGGUCUUGUCCAACCUCACUCACGCUGUGGACCUGGACAUGAGGACCAUCGCCACCAUGGGGGACACGCUGGCCUCUAAGGGUCUGGUGGAUGCUGCCCAUUUCUGCUAUCUAAUGGCUCAGGUGGGCUUGGGGGUGUUUACCAAGAAAAGCACGAAGAUGGUCCUCAUUGGAUCCAACCACAGUCUGUCGUUUGAGAAGUUCUGCUCUUCAGAGGCCAUCCAGCGUACAGAGGCGUACGAGUAUGCACAGUCUCUCGGCUCUCAACCACUCAGCCUCCCCAACUUCCAGGUGUUCAAGUUCAUCUAUGCGUGUCGCCUGGCUGAGUCGGGGCUGUGUGCCCAGGCCUUCCACUACUGCGAGGUCGUCAGUCGAGCCCUCCUCACACAGACUCCCUACCACUCAGCCGAGUUCAUUGCACAGCUCAUUGAGAUGUCUGCGCGACUGCGUUUCUACGACCCCCAACUGAAGGAGAAGCCGGAGCAGGAGCUCUUCUUGGAACCUGAUUGGCUGAUGCACCUGAGGCAGCUGGACCGACAGAUCAAGGGAGGAGAGAUCACGUUUAGGGAGCGGGACCGAGGGACGCCCCAGCUGUACCCCUGCUCCACGCCCAGCUCCGAGGAGCCGCCCACCCCACCCAACCCCUCUGCACACACCCCCGACGCCUCCAACCCCCUCAUGGCCACACUCAUGCCCGGGGCACCCCUGCCAGGUGUCCAACUCAUGCCCCCAGCCCCGCCCACCAUCCUCCAGGACGGCGCUCCCCCCAUGGCCCCCACGCCGGACGCCAUGGGCGGCUUCUACCCGACGGUGCCCGCGCCAACUGUGCCCACCUUCUCGCCCACCUACCAGGUCGACGGCAGUGCCCCCAUGGCAAUGCCCCCUCUCUCCAUGCAGCACACUGGACCACCCACACCACAGUUAAACUCUGAAAUGCCCGGACACAUGACCCCUCAGUUGCCCGGUCAGAUGCCUUGCCCUCCCAUGCCCGGCCAACAGAUGCCCCCGCAGGUGCCACCGGGGCAGAUGCAGGUGCCGCCACCCAUGCCGGGGCAAAUGCCGGGCCAGAUGCCGGGGCAAAUGCCAGGACAGAUGCAGGGGCAAAUGCCAGGACAGAUGCCAGGACAGAUGCCGGGAGGGCACAUGCCUCCUCCGUCUAUGCCGGGACAGAUGCUGCCUCCAUCUAUGUCCGGUCAGAUGCCGCCACCUAUGCCAGGCGGAGACGGGCCUGCUGCACCACCCUCUCCCCAGAUGCCACCCCUUCACCCACCUCAGAUGGACUUCUACGACCAGAUGGCACACCUGGGUCCGGGCAGAAGAUCCAGGACCACCUCACAGUCUUCUAUGCAUAUGGGACCGGGCCGUCGCUCCCGGACGACGUCAGAGUCGUCCAAUCACUCGACGGGCCGUGAGCGGAGCAGCUCGACGCUCAACCAGGGCUCCCCGCCCCCGCCCCCCAUCCCAGAGGCCACGGCCGCACAGGAAGCACCUAAGAAGAGCAAGAAGGAGUCACCCAAAAAGAGUGGUGGAGGUGGCGGCUGGUUCACUUGGCUCUACCCAAGGAAGAACGAGGCCUUCCUCCCUGACGACAAACACAAAGCGAUUGUUUGGGACGAGAAGAAACAGAGAUGGGUGAAUCAGGAUGAGCCAGAGGAGGAGAGCAAGCCCCUUCCACCUCCCCCCUCCUUCCCCAAGAUGGUCCCAGCCGGACCAGGCCCCGGGGGCCCACCAGGAGCCGCCCCCCCAGCAGGAGGAAACAUGUUCAGGAGAGGAGGUGCAAAGAGCCGAUACGUGGACGUGCUGAACCCUGGCAGGGGGGCCGGUGGGGGUGCCCCUGCCCCCAUGAUGACCAUGCCCGCGCCUGCUGACCUGUUUGCCCCCCUCGCCCCCAUGCCAAUGCCCACCAACCUCUUCACCCCCAACGCCACGGAUGAGUAUCAACCAGCAGAGGGCAACACAGCUGAUGGUGCCAACCAGACGCAACCCCAGAUGUUUAAUGCCACUCUGCUCCCUCAGUGCCCAGAGGGGUCUCAGUCAGGAGAGCUGUCCAGAUCUAGUUCAAUGAGUUCUUUAUCACGUGAAGUGAGUCAGCAUUUAAAUCAGCAGGCCCCGCCAGCAGCAGGCGUGACCUUCUAUAACCCCGCCCAAUUUGCACAGGCGGCUCCGGUGCCCACACGUGUCGGAGGGCGGCUUGGCGGACAGAGAGAGUACCCCACACUCAAUUGACCGCUGCUGCUCCAUAUAAGGGCUUCACCAUGCAACCAGAUUGCUCGUUCAUCUAUUCAUUUAUGAAGUCAUAUAAAACCUUACGUCAUCAUGCCAUCCCCUGCCCUAAUAUGUAUGUCCUGUUCUUCUGUGUCUGCUUUCUUCCUCCCCUUUUUGUUUCCCCGAGAGUCAUGUGUGCGUGUAUGGGUGUGUAUGUGUGCAUGCGUGUGUGUGAGAGAGAGAGAGAGUUAAAAGAGAGCCUGUCAGGGUUUUGUUAUGUGCAAUAAUGAUCACUAGUAGACUGCAUUCUAUGAUUUGCCCGUGUGUGUGUGUGUGUGUGUGUGUGUGUGUUUAUUUUCCCCUCCUCUCCAGUCAGUCUGCCCAUUUCAGGUGUGAGGUAAUGGGGUGGGUUAUGACAGCCUGGGGGCCUUUCUUGGCUCCUGCUGUGCUUAACAGUAUUGGGAGUGUUGAUGUGUUUUUACAUAUUUAUAUUAAAAAAAAGAAAAAUGCUCUUGUGAAGGGAGGGGAUUGGCUGGCCAUUGUCUUUUCUCAACCAACCAAACAGAACCAACAGACUUCCAUCUCAUCCAAUCAGAUCGUCUUACCCUUCCCAGGAACUUUGUCUAAUCAUUCUCUAAUCACCUCAUCUCUGCUCAUCUUUUUUUUCUGUUGUUGAUUGUGAUCUGAUUUUUUUUUCUUCUUUUUUUGUGUUUGGUGUCUCAGAAACUCGUGUAUCCCCUGUAAUUUCAGUAGAGGUGGAUUGUGAUAUUCCAUAAACCCAAAGUAUCGCUGUGUGUGAAGGAACAGGAGAUCGACUUUCUUAGAUGUUUAGAAUUGACUGUAAAAUUAUUGACAAAUGUAAAAGAAAGUGAUAAUAAAGAUAUUUUUGCUCUUUAGUACUUUGAAAAAAA